CCGGGGCUCCUUUCACCGUUCGGACAGCCGGUGCUUGUCUGAAGCUACAUCUAAAUCCACCACCAUGCAUUUUAGCAGUUUUUCGCUGCUUGCUCUAGGAGCGGUAACAGCUAGCGCCUUCCGUGAUACCUCGCCCUUCUUCCUAGCAUCGACGUCUGAGAUCCCCUCUACUUCAAGCCAACUCAAAACUGCCCCAUCCUUACUAGAUGACCUCUCCUCGAAGCUUAGUGCUUGUCCCUCCGACUACUAUGUCAUUGCUUCUCAGCACGGUGUUCACAGCACCGAUUUCUUAACUCGGAAGUCCGCACCCCGCCUCGGCGCGAAGAUGACGGGGAAGGACAAGUCCAUCCGCUCGACUCUGAUGAUUAAUGAAGUUGUCGGCGUGCUGGAAGCAAAGAAAAUCCAAAGCGUUAUUGAGAAAGAAUGCGGGGCGCAAUCUACUGUCAUCAAUGGUGCCUCUGGCUCUUAUCCGUCCGACUUUGGUGCCGAUCCCCGAGUUCUUUUUAUCGAUUUCCCUGCCCUUCCUUUGGGAGAAAAUAGGGCACAACAGCUUUCUGACAACGAUGGUCUUCUUUCUGAUAUUAUCGAACGGAUUCCUUCGUCGAAGAAGUACACUAUUCUUUACGUGACAUCACCGAGGGAAUUUGAAGACUCCGAGUCCGGUAUCUAUCAAUCCGACGCUGAUCAAUAUCAAGACCCCGUCCACAUGGACUUGAAGAGAGAUUAUAUGGCACAUGGCCGUCGGGCGGAGCCUGCGUCUAACAAGUCCCUCUUCCAAACGUAUCAAUACCUCACACCAGGCCUCUUUAUGGGACUUAUUGCCACCUUUAUCUUCAUUAUUAUCUUGUAUGUUGGUUUCAGCGCUCUUGCUAGUCUUGAGGUUCCCUAUGCUGCUUUUGAAAAAGACACGUAUGCCAGUGUGCAGAAGAAGCAGCAGUAAUUAUCGGUUGGUGUUUCGAUUAGGUCCUGGAAAUAUUUUUCUGUUUUUAGUUUGACAUGAUAAAGUGGCUGGAAGCUAGCCAUCAAUUGUUCUAGAUCAUUGAGACUGUACUGUGUACGCUAUGCUGUAUUUCGGCGUCUGUGUGUGGAUCUGAAUGCUACAUGAUGAAAAUCCCAAUUUCGCUCAAGGAAGUACUUUUCUCUUAGGCCAUUAAAUCUGCCAUAUGCUAUGCGAAACUAGCGCAAGGUCUUUGUUGAGACAGAGCUAUAUAUAGGGCCAUCACGUGUAGUGACUUCUCC